AUGCAGGCAAAACCCACCGCCCCUUGGGCUGACACCCCUUUCUCUCUAAUCCCGACCCCAGGUGGCUCCAUACCAGUCUCAAAACUCUCUCCAGCAACAUUCAUGGCACAAGAAAUGGCAUGCGCACACAACGGAAUGAUACGUGCUCUCAACUCCAUUUACAACCAAUGCAUCUACGUCAAAAAACCUCAAGAUAUCCGCGACCUCCUCCUCUACUCAAAAUUCUGGUGCGACUGGAUUCAUGAACAUCAUGACGAGGAAGAAAAGCUGCUGUUCCCUGCGAUCGAGAGGAUCACCAAGGUAGAUGGCAUUAUGGAGAAGAACGUAGCGCAGCAUGAGGCUUUCAUGCCUGGUCUAGAGGAAUUUCAGCGUUAUGCUGAGACCACGAAACCUGAGUUGUAUGAUGGACAACAAUUGCGAGAUAUUAUCGAUAAAUUCGGGUCGAAACUUACGGUACAUCUUACGGAGGAAAUUGAGACGUUGCUUGGGCUGGAAAGUUACGAUGGACCGGUUUUGAAAGAAGCGUAUAUUAAGUUUGACUUGGAGCUUAGGAAGGGUGACAAAUCGAUCCUCUUUCCUAUCGUGCUAGGGACUAGUGAUAGGAAUUACGCAGAUUGGCCUGAGUUACCUGGAAUCAUCCAGUCCGUGGUGCAUUACUAG